AUGGUCAGCCUUUUGCAGCUGUUUUUCGGCCUCCAGCACAUCUGGAGCGCUUUUGGUCACCGAUCUGGACGAGACGGACACUUCCCGUUUUUCCCUCUGAAAAAAAAACCCGACGGGAUCUGGAGUCCGGCUCUGACAUCGGCGCAGGCAGAAGCAAUCGAUCCCGGACUUUUCGCUCGUUGUUUCGUCCUCCUCUCGUCCCGCGCAGAAAUGGCAGCAGUGAAGCUCAACUCCGGCGCUCAGAUGCCCAUCGUGGGGCUGGGGACAUGGAAGUCCCCGCCCGGGAAGGUGGCGGAGGCGGUGAAGGCGGCCAUCCUGGCAGGCUACCGGCACAUCGACGGGGCCUACGUCUACCAGAACGAGGCGGAGGUGGGCGAGGGGGUGCACGCCACCAUCCGGGACGGCGUGGUCACCAGAGAGGAGCUCUUCAUCGUCAGCAAGCUCUGGUGCACCUUCCAUGCGAAGUCCAUGGUGAGGCAGGCCUGUGAGAAGACUCUGAGUGACCUGAAACUGGACUACUUGGACCUCUACCUGGUGCACUGGCCCAUGGGUUUCAAGGCUGGCGGUGACCUCUUUCCUCUGGACAGCGCUGGGGAGACCAUCAGCGAUGACACUCACUUCCUGGAGACGUGGGAGGGAAUGGAAGAGCUGGUGGACGCUGGCUUGGUCAAAGCUAUCGGAAUCUCCAACUUCAACAAGGAGCAAAUCGAAGCCAUCCUGAAGAAGCCGGGCCUCAAAUACAAACCUGCCAACAACCAGAUCGAGUGCCACCCGUAUCUGACCCAGGAGAAGCUGAUCAGCUACUGCCACUCUCAGGGCAUCUCAGUGACCGCCUACAGCCCCCUCGGGUCGCCGGACAGACCGUGGGCUAAACCUGAUGACCCCUCCCUAAUGGAGGAUCCCUCCAUUAAGGCCAUUGCUGACAAGCACAAGAAGACUCCCGCUCAGGUCAUGAUUCGCUUCCACGUCCAGAGAAACGUGAUCGUGAUCCCCAAGUCAAUCACCCCGCAGCGCAUCCAGGAGAACUUCCAGGUGUUUGAUUUUGAGCUAACUGAGGAGGAAAUGAAGACCAUAAUGGGCUUCAACAGGAACUGGAGAGCAUGUCCAAUGCAUUGGGGCCUUAAGCACAAGGACUACCCAUUCAAUGCCGAGUUCUGA